UGGGUUGGGUUGCGUCUGUUGAUCCAGCGAAAACACCUCGCUCGCACGGAUAUAAUGUGGACCUGCAAUCAGCUUAGCGGACAGUAGAUGAUACAAGACGUUCGCGGACGACCGUUAUCUUUAUGUCGCUUAUAUUGCAGAGCGGAGGCGAAUCGCUGCGUAACGUUACACAAAUGGUUCGGUGUUGUCAGUGGUCUGCGGUUCCCUACGUCUGAGCGAUUCGGAUAAGAAACUUACUUUACUGUAUUUACCGAGUUCAUCUCGGGUUCAUUCUGCAACAGGUUUCUAUAAUAAACCAACGCUACAAAGUUGACGGACAACAUCAGAGGAGGCUAAUCUAAAAUAAUGAUACGUAAAAGAAGAGGAUAAUCCGUGCACAAUUUACCUGCAUAUAAAACAACUAUAAGAAAUACUUCUUGAGACCAGGGAAAGGUCUUUAUAUUUUUCAAUAUAAGGAAUAUCGAAUAUCUGGAGGUCCUUGUCAAUAUGAUGCCGAUGUUCCUAACGGUGUACCUCAGCAAUAGCGACAAGCACUUCACUGAGCUUCCCAUCACGCCGGAGACGCUGUGUCGAGAUGUGGUGGACAUGUGUAAAGAGCCGGGGGAGGUGGACUGCUAUCUGGCCGAGAUGUGGAGAGGAUCUGAGCGAGUAGUUGGCGACAGUGAGCGAAUUAUCGAAGUACUGCAGCGCUGGGGUCAGCAAAGGGCAGAGGUGCGAUUCUUCCUGCGCCAUGACCGAGCACCUGGCCACGAUACAGGUCACAGAGCUCCAGAGUCUCUUGCCAGGAGAAACGCAGUAAAGGGGACGUUGGAGAGGCACAUGGAAAAUGGAAUGGCAGCUCCUCAUAUGGACAUCACCCUCAGCGAGUUGCAAGAGAUGGCGUCACGGCAACAACAACAGAUCAAUGCACAACAACAACUCUUGGCAACAAAGGAACAGCGACUGCGAUUCCUGAAGCUGCAGGACCAGCGGCAGCAGCAGCAGCAGGUGUCUGAGCAGGAGAAACUGCGACUGCUGCGGGAGAACGCAGAGAACCAGGAGGCCAAACUGCGCAGGGUUCGAGCUCUCAAAGGACAAGUGGAACAGAAACGCAUCAGUAAUAGUAAACUAGUGGAGGAGAUCGAGCAGAUGAAUGGUCUGUUCCAGCAGAAGCAGCGGGAGCUGGUGGUAGCCGUCAGCAGGGUGGAGGAGUUGAGUCGACAACUGGAUAUGUUACGUGGGGGCAAAAUGGACGUCCCACAUGAAGCUGGACCGAGCUCAAGCGGAGAACUAGAGCGACUGUACAAAGAGCUUCAGCUGAGGAAUAAAUUGAACCAGGAGCAAAGUGCCAAACUCCAGCAGCAGAGAGAGAAUCUAAACAAGAGGAACUUAGAAAUGUCCACCAUGGACAAAAGAGUGGCUGAACUGAGAGAGAGGCUCUGGAAGAAAAAAGCUGCUCUCCAACAGAAAGAGAACUUGCCUCAGCCAUCUGAAGGGCAGAGCUCUCAGCCCACCGGCCCUUCUAGGGUUGCCGCUGUUGGGCCAUACAUCCAGACCACCGCGGCUCCUCCAGUUCCUCCCAGACAGGAGAUUCUGAUGAAACCUGCUUAUCCCGACGGUACAGCCACCCUUCCCAAACCUCUCCCUAAACCGACCACAGGUAUUGGAUUCUUGACAAGUAAGAUCUCCAAGGUGUCAAAUUUGUUUUCCAACAUAGAAACUAACAGCAACACCCAUGGCCACUCCUCCACCCUUCCCCGCAUGACCAGCCAUGGAUCCCAAGAGAAAGAUUCUGAGGCAGAUUUUAAACCUCCACCAUUGCCCUUCCGCAAGAACCAGAGUAGUGAGGACCUCUUGAGGGACACCCAGUCUGCAGGUAGAACCUUCGGGAAGGUUCCACCUCCUGUUCCCAGCAAGCCCAAACCUGCUCUACCAGGCCAGUCCACCUUCAGUAAACCUCCUUACAGCACUGGCACCUUCCCUGGCAAAGCUAAACCAGCCAAUCAGAAACCCCCAAUGCCCCUUCCAUCCCACAACAAUACCUUACCCCAACCUCUGCCCCCUAAGCCAGACACCUUACCUGCCGCAACAGUACGUCCUUUCACGUCAGAUACUUUGGCAGGGAAAGAGACCUCCAUCCCCACUACCCUUCACAAACCCCAGACAGUGGCAGCGAGCUCUAUCUACUCAAUGUACACCCAACACAGCACUCUUGGGAAGGGUUAUCAAGGGCAAAGUACGCUGACCCGUUCACAGCCUCGAUGUGAGUACCGCUACAUCAAUAGACACCCAAACAAAUUUAGAGGUAUCUUUUGGACUCCCCUGCACUGCGCUGCUUCUUGUAAUAACGUGCAAGUAUGUAAGUUCCUGGUGGAAUCAGGAGCUGCUGUAUACGCCACAACCUACAGCGAUAUGCAGACAGCGGCAGACAAGUGCGAGGAGAUGGAAGAAGGUUAUGCCCAAUGCUCACAGUUUCUCUAUGGUGUGCAGGAGAAGAUGGGCAUCAUGAACAGGGGCAUUGUUUAUGCCCUGUGGGACUAUGAUGCUGAGAGUCCGGACGAGUUGUCCUUUAAGGAAGGAGACUGCCUGACCAUCCUACGAAGAGAGGACCGUGAAGAAACAGAGUGGUGGUGGGCGAGAUGUGCUGACAAUGAGGGCUAUAUACCUCGCAACCUCCUCGGGUUAUACCCCAGAAUCAAGCCCAGACAGAGGAGCCUUGCAUAAACUCUCCAAAUCAGCGCUUAUGUGCCUGGAGUUUUGUCUAUCAUUUCAACAGUCACUUAGUUCUGCAGAGCAAAAGGACAUUUUGAAGAUGAACGCAUUACAUUUACAUGGUGAAGAAAAUAAGAAUAGUUUCAUGUUGGUAUGUUAUACAUGUUUUUAAGGUUAAAAGCUUUGGUAGAAAAGGUAGACAUAGAUGCAUAUUUCAGAAGCAGUUUCAAGCAUGUAUAGUAAAGUGAAAGAGGAAUGAAGAAUUUAUGAAUGGUACAGAUGCAUUAAUAGUCAUCUGAGUAUUAUAUCUCAUAUGAAGGAUGUCAGAUUUAGUAGUGUAAUUUUUCAUCUUUUUGAACAAAGUUUCUGUAUUCACAAAUGCUGAUUUGUUUCACAAAGUGCAAAACAAAAAGCAUUCAUCUUUUGAAGGAAAAUAAAGAGUUUUAUAUAAUUUUUUUUUCCUGUUUAUUUUAUUCAUAAUGCCAUGUUAUGUAAACCUAUUCUUAUGGUGCUUGCUGCUAUGCUACAACAGUGUGUUCUGUGAACAAUUAACAAUUUAUUGCGCAAAGACAGCUUUCAUUUAUCAU